UCGAAUGUAAUAAGUUGCCGUUUCGGUUCUUCUUCUUCCUCCUACCUUUCCAGACUUUUCUCUCUCUCUCUCUCUCUCUCUCUCUAGUUCUCUCUGUAGUUUCUGCGCAGAUUGAUGGGGAAGAUGACCUCCUUCAGGGACGAGUUCACGUUCGAGGAAAGGCUGGACGAGUCGCGCGACAUCAUCGCCAAAUACCCAAAUCGCGUCCCCGUAAUUGUGGAGAGAUAUUCGAGAACGGCGCUCCCUGAUAUGGAGAAAAAGAAAUUUUUGGUUCCUCGAGACAUGUCUGUCGGACAGUUCAUACACAUCUUGAGCAGCAGGCUUUGUCUAGCUCCUGGAAAAGCCCUGUUCGUCUUUGUAAAGAACACGCUGCCACAGACAGCCAGUUUGAUGGACUCUGUGUAUGAAUCGUUCAAGGACGAGGACGGAUUUCUGUACAUGUGUUACAGUAGUGAGAAAACCUUUGGCUCGCAAAUUGUGUAGAUGGGUGGAUAAUGGCCUCUUGUAAAAGCUCUCUAUUUUCAAUCAUACGUGUGUCCAUUCAUUCAAAUUACAUUGUUCACCACAUGUUACAUUGCGGGAUAUUCAAUGUCUAUUCGGCGUAAUUUCUUUUUACGCCACUGCAAGGGUUAGUGCUUUCUUUCUGCACUAGCCUCAAUAUGCAGAAGUAUUUGUUUC